GGAUACGAAGUAUUUCCCAAUAGGUAGGGUCCAUUUCCUUCUCGUCAAUUUUGGCACGCCGUUCUGCUAGUUAUAUGCUUUGCUUUACGAUCUGGUAAAAACCCCUGGAACGGAUACGUAAAAUAUUUCAAAGCUUGCUGGCGUGCAUAGGCCAUCAAGGUCCUCCUCCUGCACUAGACCUUGGACCCUAACAGCCUCUAAGCUCUUUGAAAUUUCUUCACCUUGGAUAUACAACCCUAUUGUUGUUCUUUUUGUUGUUCUUUGGUCUUAAUUCACUUCAAAGAAGUCGUUGUACCUUGCUGGACACUCCCUAUCUUAUUAUAUUUUCACCCCUCUCCCUUGCCUUUGCAGCUGCAGAAAAGCAAUUCAUUACCUGCAUCAUCCUGCUAACCUAGUCCUCAGCCUCAGAACUUUGCGAAUAUCAAGCUGGUGUAUAUAUCAUCAUUGCCCUCUUUCGUUGAUCUUUUUCUGACAGCUAGUUAGAGAUAGGUUCACUCCUAGAGGGUCAUCGGGAUCACUAUAUCUUUACCCCCUGAGCUAUAUCUUGGCAUUAGCCUUACUAGGCAUUGCCCUUUUCUAAGAUAUAGAGACAUAUAUUCUCUAUAUUUUGACGACAAAAUCUUUCAAGAUGUCGGUGUUACAUACAGCUCUAGAUGCUGUACUUCGUAUACGGCAGGAGGACGGUUCUUCCGAUGCGGCCCCUGAAUCCGGCUUCACCGUCGAGGUCGACUGCGGCACUGGUAACGAAUACGAUGGCCGAAUGGGAGUGCGCAUAUCCUCUAUCUUCGUUAUCUUGGUUGGUUCGCUACUCGGUGCUGUCUUGCCCGUCUUCUUAGCCCGCGGUGCGAAAGUGAGGGUGAACGGAGCGGCAUUCUUCAUCGCGAAAUAUUUCGGCUCGGGUGUCAUCAUCGGAACAGCAUUCAUGCAUCUUCUCUCUCCGGCAUUCGAAGCUUUAAAAUCCCCGUGUCUUCCGGAUGGUCCUAUUAACGACUACGACUGGGCGGCUGGAAUUUGUUUAAUGACGGUCUUCGUCAUGUUUACCAUCGAACUUAUUGCGAGUCGCUUUGACUUCUUCGGCCAUGACCAUCAUGACGCGAAGGUUGUCGACCCGUCCCUGGAUAUUCUUAAGAAGGGAAGCCAGGUCUCGCCGUCACCAAUCCAAGACCUCGAAGCUGGCUCAUCAAACAAGGAGAACAAAACUGGGAACGCAACCGAGAAUGGCUCAGCUUUACCUACAGACCUUAGCUAUCCUCCUGGUGGCGAAGAUCAUCUAGGCCACCAACGUGAACACCACGAUAACGAAAGCCAUUCUGCUUUCGCCGCGCAAAUGACGGCGCUUUUCAUCCUCGAGUUCGGUGUCGUAUUCCACAGUAUCUUCAUUGGCUUGACACUUGCAGUUGCCGGUGAAGAAUUCACGGUUCUAUAUAUCGUGCUCGUCUUCCAUCAGACAUUCGAAGGUCUCGGUCUUGGGUCGCGGUUGGCUACGGCACAGUGGCCCAGCUCUAAGGCAUGGAUGCCAUAUGCAUUAGCGUUUGGCUAUGCCCUCAGCACCCCGAUAUCUAUUGCCAUCGGCCUUGGAGUUCGAUCAACUCUUCAGCCGGGCAGCCCGAAAAGCUUGGUCAUCAACGGUAUAUUCGACUCUAUCAGUGCCGGUAUUCUUAUCUACACGGGUCUCGUCGAGUUACUCGCCCACGAGUUCAUGUUUAACUCAUACAUGCGCAAUGCGGGACUAAAGGUUCAGCUCUACGCGCUAGGAUGCGUCGCACUGGGCUGCGGGCUGAUGGCCGUGCUUGCGGAAUGGGCUUAAGAUUGGUCCGGAAGUCCGGAGGCUUUAGUUAGUGGGAGAGAGAGGAUAUUAACGACAGUUCCGCCACGCUAUAGGCCUUAUGCCUGUGCCUUGUCACACCUUCACACACUAGACGUCCCAAGUCUAUCGGACUCAAAUGAGCUAUCAACUCUACAAAUGUACAUAGGAACUUUUCAUGUUGAUGUACAACUUACAUAUUGUACUGACAAUAAAUGUAAAAAUGGCACUGAAUCGCCAAUAAAAUUAAUACAAUAUUGACGAAAGGCA